AUGACCACUACCAAUAGUUCUUCCGGGAAAACAACCCCGACAAAUUCCGUACCUCCAUCCCCGUCUACCUCUAGUAGUGGUGAUAAUUCUACUUCUACUACUAAUACUAAUGCUCAUAAUGACAAUAAUAAUAAUAAUAAUUCCACUAAUACAGACAUAAAAUUCGGAACUAUUCAAAUAUCAAGGCGAACUUUUGAAGCUAUAAUAUACAUAUUGGGAUGGUACCUCUUUUCCUUAUCAAUUUCUAUCUAUAAUAAGUGGAUGUUUGGUAAGGAUGGGUUAGAUUUUAAAUUCCCCAUAUUAAUUACAUCAUUUCAUCAAUUUUGUUUAAUGGUUUUAAGUAGUUUGGUAUUAUAUUUUAAUCCAACUUUACGUCCAACCGUUAAUGACUAUUAUAAUCAACAACAAAAUAAAUUUAGUCAUACAAGAAAUUUCUUUCAAUUCCUUAAAAUCUUUGAAAUAAGUAUAUUAACUUAUACUAAACAAAUACUUCCAUGUGCAAUUGCAUCUGCUGGAGAUAUUGGAUUAUCUAAUGUAUCAUUUAAAUUCAUUUCUUUAAGUUUAUAUACCAUGUUAAAGACUUCAUCUUUAAUGUUUGUAUUAAUGUUUGGAUUAUUAUUUAGAUUAGAAAAAUUUAAUUGGAGAUUGGUGGUUAUAGUCUUUGUUAUGACUAUCUCAGUUAUAAUGAUGGUUAAAAAGGAUUCACCAGAAGUUUAUAAUGAUAAUAAUGAUACAGAUAUAAAUUCCAAUUCCAAUGAUGAAGAUUCAGAUCUUGGAGUUAUUUUAGUUAUUGGAGCUUCAAUGAUGAGUGGGUUAAGAUGGUCUUUCACUCAAUUAUUAUUAAAAAAGAAUCCUUAUACUCCUAAUUCGAUUUCAACUAUCUUUUAUAUAUCUCCAUCCAUGUGUAUAAUUUUAUUUAUUAUUGGAUUAAUCUUUGAAGGUUGGGAUAAUUUUACUGAUUCAACGGUUUGGGAUACCGUAGGAUUAUUUAAAACUAUUUCUUUAAUGAUUAUUCCCGGGAUUUUAGCAUUUAUGAUGACAUUAAGUGAAUUUAAAUUAUUAACAGUAGCUCAAGUUACCACAUUAUCAAUUGCAGGUAUAUUUAAAGAAUUAUUAACUAUUGUAUUAAGUUCAUUUAUAUUUGGUGAUACAUUAAAUUUUAUAAAUAUAUUAGGAUUAAUAAUUACUAUAUUAGAUAUUGGAUGGUAUAAUUAUUAUCGAUAUUAUGAAGGUAAAGAACAGAAACAACAUUAUUUGAAAUUAAGCCAAUAUCAAACUAGUCAAGACUUGGAACAACAACAUAAUCGGUCCAAUAUAGAGUUAAGGAAACUAUAG